GGGCGAGGGCGCUUUGCGGCGGGACCGGCUGGGAGGCCGCUGGGCUGGGAGGAAGGAGGACGCCGGCCGUUGCUUCGACCGCGGUCAUCGGCUGAGACAGAAAGAUCCACACUCGUUUCCCCUCCAAAAGCAGAGCAAGGAAUAAAAUGGCAUUGAUGUUGUUGAGCCGACACGUGGCUUGCUUGCUGCAGCCGAACUCCAGGGUACUCGCAGCUGGACACCGAGGGAUCAGUCAAGCUGCGGCGAAAAUCGACGUGGAGUUCGACUACGAUGGACCUCUCAUGAAGACGGAAGUCCCAGGGCCCAAGUCCAGGGAAUUAAUGAAGCAGUUGAAUGGAAUUCAGAAUGCAGAAGCUGUCCACUUUUUCUGCAACUACGAGGAGAGCCGAGGGAAUUACCUCGUCGACGUGGAUGGGAACCGCAUGCUGGAUCUCUACUCCCAAAUCUCUUCCAUCCCAAUAGGGUACAGCAACCCCUGUCUGAUCAAGCUGCUUCAGCAGCCUCAGAAUCUGAGCACUUUCGUCAACCGUCCUGCCCUGGGCAUUCUGCCCCCUGAAAACUUUACGGAGAAGCUAAAGGAAUCCUUGCUUACAGUGGCUCCUAAGGGCAUGACUCAGGUGGUCACCAUGUCGUGUGGCUCGUGCUCCAACGAAAACGCUUUUAAAACCAUCUUCAUGUGGUACCGGAACAAAGAGCGGGGCCGCAACAGCGUGACUAAGGAAGAGCUGGAAACCUGCAUGAUCAACCAGCCUCCAGGUUGCCCAGAGUACAGCAUGAUGUCCUUUAUGGGUGGAUUUCAUGGGAGAACCAUGGGCUGCCUGGCCGCCACGCACUCCAAAGCCAUCCACAAGCUGGACAUCCCGUCCUUCGACUGGCCCAUCGCUCCGUUUCCAAGACUGAAGUACCCGCUGGAGGAGUUUGUGAAAGAAAACGAACAGGAGGAGUCCCGCUGUUUGGAAGAGGUGGAAGAUUUGAUUGUGAAAUACAGGAAAAAGAAGAAAGUGGUAGCUGGGAUCAUCGUCGAGCCGAUUCAGUCGGAAGGCGGCGACAGCCACGCUUCAGACGACUUCUUCCGGAAGUUAAGGAACAUCGCCAGAAAGCACGGCUGCGGUUUCUUGGUGGACGAGGUGCAGACGGGGGGCGGCUGCACUGGGAAGUUUUGGGCCCAUGAACACUGGGGCCUGGACGACCCCGCCGAUGUCCUGAGCUUCAGUAAGAAGAUGAUGACAGGAGGGUUUUUCCACAAGGAGGAAUUGCGGCCCAAUGCUCCGUAUCGGAUUUUCAACACGUGGAUGGGCGAUCCCUCCAAGAACCUGCUUCUGGCAGAAGUCAUUAACGUCAUUCGAAGAGAGGACCUUAUCAGCAACGCCGCUCACGCCGGGAAAGUCUUGCUGGCGGGGCUGCUAGAUUUACAGGAUCGCUACCCUCACCUGGUCAGCCGGGCGCGAGGACGGGGGACUUUCUGCUCGUUCGACGCUCCAAAUGACGCCGUUAGGAACAAGCUCAUCGUAUUAGCCAGAAACAAAGGUGUCGUCUUGGGAGGCAGCGGCGACCGGUCUAUCCGUUUCCGGCCCAUGCUGGUCUUCCGGGACCAUCACGCCCAUCUCUUCCUGAACAUCUUCAGCGACAUCUUGGCGGACUUCAAGUAGCGGAAUCUCUUCACCUUGCACUGCCGAGAGCCCAAAUCCUACAACAAUCUGAGAUUUAGUUUAUUUAAAAUCAUAAAUAUAUACACAUAGAUAUAUAUAUCUAUAUAUCUAUUUUCACUAACAGGUUUUUUAAAAAAAAAAAACUGGUAUUGUCCCAUGCUUGCCACCAAUUCAAGAUGCUUCGGACUCGAACUCUGGACACCGCUGGUGCAGCUGGAAUCUCUUGCAAGUGUACUGAGUUCCGGGGCGGUGGGGUUCAAAUGGAUGGGGGGUGAGGGGUGGGCAGAGCUGUUCCUUCCACCCCCUCGUUCAGCAUGUGCCAAAUCGUACACAAGGGGAGGACUUUGGCAGUUGAGCAGCCGAAUUGAUCUUCUUCAGAUUCUCUCAAGCCCUCAGGGCUUUGGCCAACAUUCUGGAAAAUGUCACCACGGCAUCACAACAAGGUACACACCAGUGGUUAGGGCGGCACUCCAAGAUGUAGCUGGCUUGCCACUGUCGUCGUGCCCCUUUCUGUAUCAUUGUCUUUUUUUUUUUUUAAACCCAAUUAUUGAUGUUUUAUUGAUUGACACGGAAAUGACCGGAACUGCAAAACGUGCUUUCCAAAACAGAAGCGGUUGUCAACGCAGACGAUACUUACGUAUUCCUCCCCUCGCCCCAAAUAUUUUUGGUAGCGUAAUAGCAGCUUUGUCUCUCAAAGACUACUCAAAAGAAUUUCCCACCUGCACUAGUGGAAUUUUCCACUUCCACCAUUUCCAUCUACCGCUGCCAGCUUAAUUUAGGCCGUGGGGUUUUGAAAAUCGAGGCAGAAAGGCUGAGUGACACAGCAUCUCCACACCCUUUGGAGUAUGAUUCUGAGAGUUUGGGAUGUCUGGUCAAUUCUCAGGAGCCUCUCUCCUGACCCAGCAGAGGUCUGUCCCAAAUUUGCUAUCCUUUUGACAGAGAGCUGGCUCAGCGAACUUUGGCAAGCGUCACCGUCGAGCUGUGUAGCCCAAAAUGUGCCACUCCUCUUUCCCACAAUCACCAACAAUACAAUGUGCUCUUUGCUGCUGUGCACAACCCCUUUCUUAACAAACACCCCAGGCUGGGGCCUAAAAUGGGUAAAGAGAGGCCCCAUGUUGACACCGGAGCAGAGACCUAAUUCUCUGAGAAGUGUCAGGAGACAGCUUGUGCGUCACCGCCUGCCGGGGGCUUCACCAGCUCCAUCGUUUCAGGGAGAAAAAGCCAGGUGUCCGUGUGGGGCUGGUACCAAGGCUCCAUUAGGUCUGACUUUAACUCCUCACUGUGCCAGGGUAGAAGCACAAACGUGGUGUUUCUCACUGCCCGUUUCGGGUAUUCAGAGGAAAGGAAGAAGCAACCGGGUCUGUGAGCAUGGGUUUGACGUUUGUCUGGGGGGGUUUUUUUUGGAAGAGUUUCUCUGCUAAGCAGAAAGUGUUGUCUUUCGUAGGGGCUGAGGGAGAGAAAGAGAUGUAGGUGGAAACGUUGAGUCCCGCCCUCCUCCACCCACCCCCGACAUACUUAUCAAUUGAGUUUUGAGCGUUUUAGGUGGGCUGAGCGCUAGCAUAGAGCUGGCUGUCCCAGACUGGACCAAACAAAGGUGUUUCUUCUAUAUUGUGCCUUCAGAUCCUUACCCCGAAAUCCCCACUCCCCCAGAAGCGCAUCCAACUCUGCCUCUUUCUCACUCCCUUCGUGUCAGUGUUGGUUGAAGGGAGAAUGAAGGAGCUUUUAAGAGAAGACGCGCUCCUUCUUUCCCUCACGCCGUUGCUGAAUCGUGUCUCUCUGGUGCUCUCCAAGAAGGGGAAAGAACCUUUCGAGCCGAACGCGGAGUGCCCUUCAGGUGGCCAGAUUUCGCUCUCGGGGCCGCCCCUCACAAACCUUUUCCUCACUUGAUUAAUUCUGCUUUGACCCCGCAGCACAUUCUUGCAGCCUUAACGGCAGUGGAUCUGAGGGGGGCCCCAGAACUGAAUGCGAGGGACAUCAGUUCGAGACGGUCCCCUUUCCCCUUACAAUGGCUAUUGGCUGGGUGCAUCAUUAAGCAGGGCCGAGCAUCGUUUAACUGCCUGAGCAUCAGCAAAGUACCCCACAAUACCCCACAGCCAUACUCAGAUGGGUGCUGCAACUCAGUCAGCCUGCUCUUCUUCCCUUUUAUGUCCUCUUGGAUGAUCUCUGAAACAGCCAGGAGUCUUUUCAUGUGCACUGAGGAGGAGAGGGGCUGCGCAAACACAUGCACAGAAGUUUGGCGCGUAGAGGAUAGGUGGGCGUUGACCCCCACCCCUGCCCUCUAUCUUCUCAGCACUUCUUGGCACUUAUUUGACCUCCUGGCCUUACUAGCCAUCCAUUUUUUUUCCACAGCCCUUCCACAUUUCUAGAAGGUCGACCGGGGCAAUCCCAACUUCCUUCCUGCCCUGUUCCCAUCUCCACCCCAUCGAGUUUCACGCAUGGAGAAACAGGUUUGCGUUUCUCAUCGACUGGGGAGACCUGGUUCUGUCAACAUAUUGGUGCAGUUAAGGGGAUUGCCAUCUCUAGAAACCCCUUUCCCAGUAACCAAAUCCAUGAUCUGGUAACCAAAACUUUUGCCACGUUCUGUUUGGGGUGGGGGGGUGUCUUUAUUUUUUUUUUGAGGGAGGGGUAUAAAUACUUCUAAGUGUGUCUUAUGUUUUUUUUAACAGUAAUUUUUAUGGAACUCUUAACUGUGAACUGGCGCGCACCCCCGGCGGUGUGGUCUAAUUCUGUCUUUAAAAAGUAAUAAUCUUGUUUACAACCUGUCGUCCGUGCCAAAUUCAUGCGUAAAACCGAUGCUUAACCGACCUUCUCAAUAUGUAGCCAGUAGCCAUUUCACACGGAUCCAUGAGAUUUUAAGUUUCCUUGUGUUAAUCAGUAUUCUUAAAAUAAUAAUAAAAAUAUUUAUAACUGAA